CUCUGGUAGGUUGGAACAGCCACCCACGGCGGACCAUGUUGCUCGAGCCCUCGACCUUUAAAAAAGCGUGUUAAACCUACCGCACAGGUGCCCUGUGUUCCCUGUGAAGACUGAAGAGACUUUGGCGCUCGGUAUACCGUUACGUAGUACAUGGGCAUUUUGUUUCAGUGGUUCCCCGGCCCCUGUCGAUUGUUCUCUCCAUAUUGGGCAUCAUUCAGUCUUCCCCUAAAGUCGGCGGUACCUUGCUUGACGAGUUGGAGGUUCCCUAUUGUGGAUGCCUAGCCUGCACAAACAACGCAAGAUCGGCUUUUGGCACUUUUCAACCAGAGCAGGCCCUAGACGAAAGAAAAAGGGUAUUCGGGCUCGCGAAGUCCGUACCCAGCUGCAUAGAUGUCGAGAACACCACUACCGCAAUGGAUGUAUCCCGCGUCCACUGGCCAACAUCCAGAUGCAAAGUCCCACGCUGCUGGCGAUGACCAGCACAUGUUCACGGCCCAUCCAAAUCAAUUUAAUGUGCCGGAAGAACCGCCGCGGUUCCUGUAUCCCGAAACACAGGUCUACGAGCCGUCUUAUAUCCCCGCUGCAUCGAAUUCCAGGGUUCCCUAUCAUGGCAGGCCUUGGGAUAGCGUCGCAGACCCCAAAUAUAACUUUUCGCCAGGUCCUCCUGUCAACACGGGCGCCCCUGCUCAGUACGGAGUGCAAAGAUCCAAUGUUAUGAGAAGCGUGGAGUAUGGCUCGGCCUCAGCCCUUGUCUCUAGUCCGUACCAGGAUUCUUCCAGUUACAGUCGCGGUUCCAUUGGUUCUAUCUCGGGCACACGGGCAAACGAUGUGGAAUCUCAAUACAGUAGUAGUUCAGCGACGUUCCCAAGCCCUGUUCACUCGGAUGAGAGCUCCGCCAUUUAUCCUGCUAUUGCACCCCCCAUGAAACCUCUGGCGCAGCCAAACCAGCGACAUACGACAUCUAGUAUGCCUUCCGGCUUCGAAAGGCUACUCCAUCAUUCCCCGACUCCAUCGCCUCCACCGCGACGAACAUCUACCGCCUCACGAUAUCAUCUCCUCGUCCGACAGCAGCCCAUAGCAGCUCGGGCUUGCGGGGCCGGAGACCGAGACCGUCGACCUGUAGACCCACCUCCAAUCAUUCAAUUGCUCCUGACGGACUUUGACCCCAAAGAAUCAGACGACAUUGACAUCCUCCAAGAUCCGCGCUUCACUGUGGGCUGCUUCCUAGUCCCCGAGACGCGGGGAUCCUUCUCAGAUCUCGAUGGCGACAGCGCCCUACGAGAGGACCGCCUCGGAACUGCUCCUGGCCAAUCUACUCCAUUGCUGGCAGGCAAAUCAUUCGUUUCGCCCUUCUUUGUUGAUGAAGAUCCAGAUCCAACCACCGCUCCAACCCACCCAUCAACGUUUGACUACAUGUCCGAGAGAAGAAUGCAGCUCGCCCCUUCCACCAACGGAGCCCGACAACCCGCAGCCUUCUUCAUAUUCUCCGACCUCUCCGUACGUACAGCUGGACGGUACCGCUUGCAAUUCCGACUCAUGAACUGGGGCCUCGUCGAAGACACGGGACAAUCGAUGCCCGUCCUCGCCGAAGCAUGGUCCGAUCCUUUCCGCGUAUUCCCCGCGAAAGACUUUCCUGGGAUGAGAGACUCAUCGCGUCUCACGGAAGGUCUGAAGGAGCUCGGUUUUGUCGAGCUGAAGACGAGAGGAAAGAACAAGGGCAAAGGCAAACGAAAAUGACUGAAACAAAUGGUUCAUCUUUUGGCUUUCGUGGACUGGGCUCUUUAUUAUACCUCGGUAUUCUCUUGUUUUAUCUUUCUCUUUUCAUGGAACAAAGCUAUGGUGGAAUAUGGAGGAUACAGUUAUGGUUACUUAUAUUAUUUCGAACAGAACACAGUUCGGGAAGAGGUACAUGAUAUUGAUGAUGGGAACGGCAGUAUUCAGGUUAUCGGAUGUUACUUCUUUGGCUUUUUCCUUCUUUUCUUGGUAUCAAUCCUGGGUUCACUUAUCAGUAGUAGUGACACCCGUUUUUUGGAGAUCUCGUGGGCUAUACAGAGACUUUUUGUAUAUAGUUCCUCAUUUAGUAUCAAUAUGGUUGGAUGCAAGUA